AUGCCCGCUCGCUCCGCUGCCUACAUGGUCGUUGAGCCGCACCCAUCGGUGCCCACCACACGCCGCCCAGCUCUACACACUUCACGCGGAGGAGCCGGCAAUGUCAUCUCGCUGCGCGACACCAAAACCACCGACUCCCUGACGGCCACCGGUCCUGCAUCCCUGACUCGCCUCGAUUCCAGGAUUGCCCCGACCUUCAAGUCCGGCCGCGGUGGCGCUGGCAAUGUCCACAGCAGCAGUGAGCGCGCCAUCUUCAGCUUCGACGAGGAGCUAGAGCGCGAGAUGCGUCGCGAAAAGGAGAUUGCCCCUGUCUUCCAUGUCGGCCGUGGUGGUGCCGGCAACCUGAUCUUCAACAGCGAGAGAUCUUAUGGUCUUGAGCGUCGCGAGUCGAGCACCAGCUCUUCCAGCAACGAGUCCCUGGCUGAUCGCGCAAAGGACCGAGCUCGUCAGAGCCUGGAGCGUACCUGGAGCCGACUCACCGGUCACAACUGA